AUGGUCGUAUACGAAUGGAGCGAUAUGCAGUAUCUUGGGAAAGUUACAUCCGACGUGAACGACUUGCCUCAGAAGACGUAUGUUUGCACGUCUGACGCUAUCAGAGGAGGCUACUGUGAAAAUUCACAACUCGGACGAUUCAUUGUCGAUCUUCCCACUGGAAAGUCUCUAAACGAAACUAGCUUCUGGUCGGCGAGGGUGAACUUCCCCCAAAAUGUAACUGCUUCGUCCCUGUUUCCGUCGUCGGACGCUGCCUCUACUAGUGGAUUUUGGAAUAAUCCUGAGGGCAACCCUACACCUCCUGGGAGUAAUUACACAUCAUCUUGGCGUAGGAAUGCCGAAGUACAUUCCAAGCGACAGGGAUUGAAUCCCAGUCCAUCUGGCAUUCUGACCUAUCACCAGCCCAUUCAAUAUAAAGUGCGUAAGACUGGGUAUUAUUGUGUCGCGAUUGUCCCAGUCACGGUCUUGUCGAACAUUCCUCGUCAAACUUCCACCGAUGUCCCUUAUCACCCUUUAUAUACCGGCACCGUACUAUUCCAAAAUACGUUUGAUGGCAAGCUUCCGGCGACGGACUAUCCUAAAGUCAAUUUUUACUUUGCAAUGUUCAUCGUUUAUUCAGCCGUCGCUUGUGGCUGGGCAUGGCUCUGUUACAGGAAUUUUCAAGACCUGCUCCCUAUUCAGUAUUACUUGUCUAGUCUCUUGGGUUUCCUCAUUAUCGAGAUGGUAGCAAAUUGGGCAUAUUAUCGCUAUCUGAAUGCUCACGGAAGAGGGGCUCCGUCCACUGUCUUCCUCAUUGUCGUGGCUAUCCUGGACGCCGGACGUAAUGCGCUCUCUUUCUUCUUGCUGCUCGUCGUCUCUCUGGGUCUGAGUGUUGUCCGCGAAUCUCUCGGAAAGACGAUGUUAAGGUGCCAAGCAUUGGCUGUUGCUCAUUUUCUAUUCGGCGUUUUGUAUGCCGUGGGCAUUGUAGAGCUUGAGCUGCAAUCCACCUCAGCUUUGGUCUUGCUGCUCUUCGUUAUCCCACUAGCAUUCACACUCAGCGGCUUCUUGCUGUGGAUCUUAUAUGCUCUCAACUCUACUAUAUCGCAAUUGGCCGCCCGAAGGCAGCACUACAAGCUGUCCAUGUUCAAAUGGCUGCAUCGUAUCCUAUUGCUGACUGUGUUGGUCAUUGCGGUCUUCUUCGUCGUGUCAUCUUUGACGUUCUCUGGGCGGCUCGCCGAAGAUUACGGCUCGAAGUCGUGGAGGGUGCAAUGGUGGCUGCUUGACGGCUGGCUGGCACUCCUCUAUCUUGUCGAUUUUAUUUCUAUCGCAUAUCUUUGGCGACCGUCGCCUAACAACAGAAGAUAG